UCAAAGUCUGAUAGGAGUGCAGUUCAGUCUUGCAGAGAUCAGGCUUUUCUCUCUCAGAAUGUCUUGGGUUCGAGUACUCAUCUUGUCCUUGCUCUUCAUCCUCCUCAUCAUCGCCUCUUCUAGUGUGGUGAAAAGUGCGGCAGUGCGGGACGACCCAAAACCUCCGAAUGCUCAAGAAGCCGCACGGCACGUAUUCAUGGCCGAAUCAGACGCCUCCAACUUCUUCAAACGCCGCAGUCGCCGUUCCCCCAAGUACUACGCCGAGCUCCAAGCCGAGCAGAGGAUGAAGCGAGCUGCCAGCGAACGAAGGAGAGAAUACAACGAGGAGCAGAGAAAUGAACAUGAGAACUAUGUUGAAGAGGAUCGUGAUGAAAUAAAUGAGAGAACAAGAGAGAGGAGCGAGCAGCUGCGAGAGUUUCACUACGAUGGUCUCUUCCCUCGAUAUUACUGGUAUCACUGAGCGAACGCCAUCCCAUCAAGAUUCUCACAACUUCCCUUUCUAGCACCAUAGUGCCAUGGACUUUAUCCUAUAUCAAAGGGAAAUGUCUAAAAGUAUCAUAGCAAAUGCUAAAUUUUCUUAUCUAUGUGUAAAAUAUUAUUUUUUUCAUAUAUUUUCAUAUAUUCAUUUAAAGCUCAGUUUUUCCAUGGGGAGCUAAAAGUUUUGCAUGCUUUUUUUUUAUUGUUUUCAUUUUUACAUUUUGUAGCAUUUAUACAUAACCUUGUGUAUGCACAUUUUUUGCAAAGGAACCUCAAGUUUUGAAGUUUCAAAUGAAU